GGCGUUUGUUGUUCUCGAUGUGAAGGCAGCCGUGGCGAGUUCUCCUCUCCCGACUGGAUCUUCGUGUUUGCGCUGUAGCGAACACCUGCCGCCGCUGUUUGUGUAAAGCGCGCUGCCUCGCGAAGAGGCAUCGUCUGUACCUGUACCCGAUGACCGUGAAGGGGCGAAGGUCCCGUUUAGGGCAGCCUAUCGCCGUCAUCAGGUGCACGCCGGUAUGAGCGGCCGCCCUUGCGCCCAGCUGAUAGCCGGCGGCGCUUGACCGACUGCUCGUCGCCGCGCUGGCCGCUCGCCGCGGACACCGGCGACUGGUCGAUGCCGGCAGCGAAGUUCCAGUCGUCGUUACGUCAUCGCCUCUGCUCCUCCCUCCCUCGCUGCGCUCGCCAGUCGGCUCAGGAAGGCAGCGCAGACCGUGGAAUUCCCAGCGUACUCCGACGACACAAGCGUCGUUUGUUCGCUCGUAGACGUUGCGGCCGGCUUGAAGCACGCGGCGCCUCAUCGAGAUUGCAACUGGGAAAGCAUGGCUGCGCCGGUGUGCUGGUUGUUGGUUGCGGCGGCGCUUGGCGUCGUUAGCGCCGAUGGUGCGGACUUCACGAUGACGGUGCUGCACACCAACGACGUGCACGGGCGCUUCGAGGAGAUCAGACCCGACGGCACCCGCUGCCCCAAGACCGACGCUGAGAAGGGACUCUGCGUCGGAGGCAUCGCGCGCCAGAAGAACCUGGUGGACCAAGUUCGGAAGAAGGGAGGGAACAUGUUGUUCCUCAACACGGGGGACUACUACCAGGGCAGCCUGUGGUACUACCUGCUCGGCGCCGAGAUCGUCGUCAAAGCCGUCAACUACCUCAUGCACGACGCCAUGACGCUGGGCAACCACGAGUUUGACAGGGGCGCCGAGGGGAUGGCGGACCUGGUGCGCAACAGCACGGUGCCCAUCCUGGGCUGCAAUGUGGACUUCUCCGGAGAGCCGCUGCUCAGGGACAUGCCGCUCAAGCCCUCCAUGACCGUGACGCAAGGGGGCCACGAAGUGGGGCUCAUCGGAUACGUCACGCCCAAUACGGUCUUCCUCUCGCGACCGGGCAAGGUUCGCUUCACGGACGAAGUGGAGUGCGUCCGGAGGGAGGCCAAAAAGCUCCGCGCCCAAGGGGUCAAGGUCAUCAUCGCUAUGGGACACUCCGGUCUGCCCAAGGACAAGGAGAUUGCUGAGGCUGUGCCGGAAGUCAGCCUCGUGGUGGGUGGACACACGCACACUUUCCUCUACUCCGGGCCCACCACGGGAGGCAAGAUCUCGGGCAACGCCCCCCAGGGACCGUACCCGGUGGUGGUGGAGCGGGCCGACGGCACGCGCUGCCUCGUGGUCCAGGACUUCUGGCUGGGCAAGUACAUGGGCUACAUCAACGUCACCUGGAACGACCAGGGACAGCCGCUGCGCUGGGAAGGGCAGCCCCAGCUUCUCGACAACAGCAUCAGGCAGGACCCCGAUGGACUCGCGCUUCUAGACCAGUACCGGCCUCUGUUGGAGUCCAAGCGUAACGACACCGUGGCCAGCACGCAGGUGCUGCUGCAGGGGGACAAGCAAGCGACGCGCUUCGGGGAGUCGAACCUGGGCAACGUGGUCACCGAGGCCUUCCUCAAGUUCCUGGCCCAAAGGACACUCAGGGCGAACGGCUCGUGGAGUUCGGUGGCUGCAGCCAUCGCCAACGGCGGAGGCUUCAGGGCGCCCAUCAGCGACGAGAGCCCCGGCGGAGCGAUCACUUUCGAGGACGUGGUGAAUGUGAUGCCUUUUGGCAACACCCUGGUGCUUCUUAAUGUGACCGGGGCCCAGCUGAAGCGGGUCGUCGAACACGGUGUGGCUCUGCACGACAUCACGGGUCUCAUCUCGAAGGGAGAAUUCCUCCAGAUGGCCGGCAUGCGCGUGGUAUACGACAUUAGUCGUAAGCCAUUGGACCGCGUGGUGAGCUUGCGGAUCCUGUGCACCGCCUGCCGGGUGCCCGUCUUCGAGGAUGUGGACCCGGACAAGUGGUACCGCAUCGCUGCCGUCAGCUACAUCGUGAACGGAGGAGACAACUUCGACUUCUCUUUCGUGAAGCCGCAAGACCGCCUUGACACUGGUUACGAGGACGUGGACGUUUUUGUGAACUACCUGAAGGCCAUCUCCCCCGUGACCAUGGGCCUUGACGGGAGGAUCUCCUUCGCGUCUGCGGCCGCCGCGGCGACCAAGCCCAACCACGCGGGACGCCCAGCGCCGACCGCCUUGACGGCCUUGCUGUUGCCCGCUCUAGUGCAGGUCGCCAUGCUGCUUCGGCAGUCGCUGUCGUGAUCAGGGAAAAGCAGUGUCACCGGCUCACGUGGGACUUCGGCAAGCCGCCGCCUCAACGACGCGAUACCAAGAACGAACAGCGAGACUUACGUUAAAGGGACGUUCUGAACUUGCGCUCUGAGAGCGUUUCUGCAGUACGGGUAGGGCACAAGCGACACUAAAGGCCCGUUCACACACGCAGCGCAGCGCUGAGAUAAAAGAGAGUCAUGCGCUGCGUUAGCGAUACUGUGAGCACUAACUCAGCGCUACCCCAGUGCUGCAUUGCGUGUGCGCGCUGGAUAAGGCGGGGUCACGUGCGAAACGCUCAUACAUCGCUGAUACACUGCGGAGUCAGCACAGUGUCUAUAGAGCUAUUUUAGUGCUCUGGUGUGCGUGUGUGAACAGUACUUAGUGGAUUUAUACAUAUUUUGUGACGGUAACUCAAUCUAUGCUCCCUGCGUCCAAGGUAACCGAAAAUUAAGAUCAGGAGUGAACUUUCUUUCCUAUCGAAAACGCGACCAAAGAUCGCGACAUGCCCCUUUACUAAGGUGCAAAUCUAAGAAGAAAGGGCCUGUCUCCGUGUCUCCUAACAUUUUCAAUAGGGGAAAAGGCAACCCGCGAUGGUAAUUUUUGGUUUGCUUAGACGAUCAGGGCACUUCGACCGCGUUUGCGUCCCAAGACGACUAUGUCGAUAACCAAUUUUGUGCCCUUUCGGAUUAGGUUACGCCCGUAAAGUCGAAAUAUAUGUCCAAUGAUUCACUGUUCUUGUUGAGUGUUAUUGCCAUUCGUUUUUAUGUCGGUUGCCGAAGCCCUUAGUGGUGAAUGUUUCCUCUACCAGAAAACGUUCGUAUUUUUAGAAAAUUACUUUUUUACAAUAAAACUUUUUACAACUUCUU